AUGCCUUCCUCGACAGUAGACAAGAGCCAAUUCGACUCGAUACCGGACACCAUCGCCGCCUUCCGCGACGGCGAGUUCGUCGUGGUCCUCGACGACCCCUCGCGCGAGAACGAGGGCGACCUGAUCAUCGCCGCCCAGGCCGUCACCACCGAGCAGAUGGCCUUCAUGGUGCGCCACUCGUCGGGCCUGAUCUGCGCCCCGCUGCCCGCCGCCCUGACCGAGUCGCUCGACCUGCCCCAGAUGGUCCCCAACUCCCAGGACCCCCGCGGCACCGCCUACACCCUGUCCGUCGACGGCGCCGACCCCAGCAUCUCCACCGGCAUCAGCGCCCACGACCGCGCCCUGACCUGCCGCAUGCUGGCCGCCCCCGCCGCCAAGCCCGCCGACUUCCGCCGCCCCGGCCACGUCUUCCCCCUGCGCGCCCGCCCCGGCGGCGUGCGCGUGCGUCCCGGCCACACCGAGGCCGGCGUCGACUUCUGCCGCCUAGCCGGCCUGCCCGAGGUCGCCGUCAUCUGCGAGCUGGUCGAGGACGGGGACGAGGUUGCCGGCCGUGCCGUGCGGAGCGAGCCCGGCAUGAUGAGGACCGAGGGCUGCGUGGCGUUUGCGAAGCGUUGGGGGUUGAAGGUCUGCACCAUCGAGGACCUGGUCGCCCACAUCGAGAAGACGGAGGGCAAGUGGGCGCCGGUGAACGGCAGUUCGUGA